CAUAUAGAAAUGGUUUCGGAUAGUGUAUUAAUUUUGAAUAAGCAUCUCUAUUCUUGGGUAAACAUGUAGAUGUGUCAAAGAAUUAAUUAAAUAUUCAUUAAGAAUUAACAAAAGUGUAACGACUCGGUUUUCUUAACCGGGUUUGAUUUUGUCCCUUUAAUUAAUUUGGACCAAUCUCAAUUUAUUUUCUUUUGGUUUAGUCAAACCGUGUCUGCAUAUAUAUAAAACGUGGUAUCUCCUUCUUGACUCUAACCUAGCCGCAAAGAACCAUUGACGAUCUCCUUCUCCUCCUUAGCUCUUAUAUACUUUCUCUCCAUCUAACCAUGUCAGCACCACGGGAGAUGCAGUCAUGUUGCCGGAGAUGGCAUAGUGCCAUUAGACGUGAAGAGGAGUCAAAGGUAACCGGUGCCGGCGUAUUGUGUCAACGUCACCACCACCACCGUUCAUCAACACACCGCCUUGUUGUUGGAGAGCCUUACUUCAGCCUCGUGACAUUACAUAGUGGUGUAGAAAACGUAAUCAAUACGAAAAGGUGACGAGUAGUUGAUUGGACCGGAGCGCGGGACAAUGAAGACCAUCGGGGUACCAUGGCAGGAGAUCAAAAAGGAGAACUCACUAAGGAUGAAAAGCUUUUACUUAAGGUUAUGAGUGCUCAGAUGCAGGAGAAGAUGAAAGCCAGCCUUGAUAAAUUCCGGCAUGAGUUGAGACAGGAACUCCAACAAGCUACUGGUCAGAGUUUUGAGUCUAGAAGCAGUGAGAGGAGACAAAGACGUGGGCAUGAAGGCCGAAGCAAUCACAAAGAUAAAUUGGCUGAUCAAAAGCUAAAAAUCCCUCCUUUCUAUGGUGAUGCUGACCCUGCUGCAUACGUGGAGUGGGAAGAGAAGAUGGAGUUGAUUUUUAACUGUCAACACUCUGCUGAAAGAAAGAAGGUUCAAAUGGCUACUGCUGAGUUUUAUGGUUAUGCUUCAAGCUGGUGGAAUCAAUUGGUGUCAUCUAGGAGACACUAUGGAAAAGAACCUGUUGCAACCUGGCUCAAAUUGAGGGCUUUGAUGUGUCAUAAGUAUGUUCCAAGACAGUACCACAAGGAAGUACUUCGAAAACAGUAUGAAACAAAGCCAUGCUCUUCAAACUCAGUCCAGGAACAACAAAGUAGAAUGAGAUCAAGUUCAACCAGUGUUAUUGGUUUACCUAGCAAGACAACGAGCUGGUUCAGUGAGGAGGACAUAAAGAAGCUGUCUCAGGUGAUUAUGGAUGUGGAGAAACAAUUCAGGGAUACCCAUACUACACGUCCAUCCUUAGAAGAACAGAACCAGGAGUUAAUCACUUCAGUCUCAGAACUUAAUUCAGCAGAGCCGGUAUCAACUACCUCUAUUCAAGGAGAUCAAGCCAAAGAAUCAUCAGUUGCCAUUCAGAAAGAUGAGCAGCCUGUUCAGAACGUCAUGGUUCCUUUCAAACAAGCCAUAGUACCAGAAGAGACACCCAGGGAACCACAAACAGCUUACAAAAAGGGACAACUGAUUGUCUUUGAUCCGUGUGAUCUCCAAAAGACAUUCUUGGAUACUUUUCUGAUCCAUCUCUUUGUCUGGAACAAGACCAGAGCAGUAGAGCUUUCAAGACACGAACUGGGCAUGGAACAUGUUGUAUUUGAGCCUGGAGGAGAUUUGUGGAAUCACAGGAACAAUCCCAUAGUGAUUGAGAAGAAAUCGGCAGCAACAACAAUUGUUUUUGGUGAUCUUUUACCAUCUGAAGUUAAAGGGAUGCACGUCUCAGCUCAGCAAGAGUUUCACUACGAAACCAAUUGGAGAAUGUUACCCACUCUUUCCUGGAUCCAACAAACAAGACAACGCAAUUGGGCUGGAAGGUUACAGAUCUACUUGUGGAAACCUGGAGUAUAUGACAGCAUACUUAUCAUCCCUGGAGAGUGCUCUGCUCGUGCUAGAACCAGCUUGGGUAAUAAAGAUUUGGAAGCUGAUCAAAAUGUCUAGCUUCUUGAUCAUGUCAAGGUGUGUAAGCCACUAGAUUUGCAAAAGCUUCAAUACCAUUUCAGAGAUUGUCAAACCAAGAGUGGAGAUGGAGAUUUCAUUAGAGUAAAUGGUGAAGUGAUUACUGGAGUAGGAGGAGAACUCAUGUUUUCUUCUCAAAUCAAAGAGAAACCACCAGAUGGACUCAGUCUACAUCAAUCUCCAAAUAAACCAACCCGAGGACAAACAGUUUUGAGUGCUAUACUUUUCUAAAGGAGAGGCUAUAGUAAUGAUCAGAGUAUCAAGAAUGGAUCCUUGGCUAAAUUGGAGAUGCAACAAUCAAAUCUUGGAAGCUGUCUAGCCGCCAGCUUUGACAUAGGAGCAGUCCGAGGAUCAUAUCUCAGCAACCAGAAGGAAUUAAGCAACAAACUCAACUGCCAUGGAAACUUAACUCAUCAUGGUCUCACGUCGAAUUGGAAUCAUGUCCAAAGGUUCUAAAUGAAAGAGUUAUGGGCUCUACAAGUCGGGUGAUUCUGUGUUUGCUUUGUCUGAACUUUUCUGAGUUUAGAACAUCUCAAUCCUGUCUAUGGCGACCAGGUGAGCAUGCUAAGGUAAAUAAUCAUGUUUUCAAAAGUUCUUUAUUUAAUUACACAGAUAUGAUGCACUUGUUUUUGUCAAAAGAGCCAUGUGCAGAUUUUAAGAGAGCUUGGAAGCAUAUAAGAAGAAACUACAAAAAUGAGGAAGAUAAGAGAUUCAAACCACCUGAUCUAGACCAGGAUAACCACCAAGACGUCCCUGGCUUUAUCAUCAUCAAAGAAGCACCUCCAGAUGCAGCCUACAAUCCAAAACCGAGCAGAAAAAAAUUUGGGAUAAGACUCUUACUUUAUGACAACUUCGCAUGUGCUAACUUGUUUUGUUUCAGUGUGUGUGAAUCGGGUUUGGGGAAUGCAUCAGGAGUAUGGAGAGCCCAACGUAUCAGUUCCUUCUACCAAACAAAUCCAGUCAGCAACAAUGCCUAUCAAAGAGGCUUGCAAGGUAAGUGUAAUCUGAUUAUCAACGUUAAUGUUACUGACUUGGCUCCUUUUGUUGCAGAUGAGCUAGAUUUGAGGACAAAUCCUUUUCAAGAGGGAGGGGAUGAUAUGAUCAUGGACCAGCCAAACAAAGAAGAUAAUGAGAGCAUGGAUGAUCCAGCUGAUGGAGGAGCUCUAGCCAUAUCUGAAGGUCCUAUGA